GCCAUGGCCGCCACCUCGGCCAACGUCCGCUCGCGGCCCGGCGAGGCCCUCACGGCCUCGCCCGUCAAGGGCGGCGCCGCGCAGUUCGGCCUGCGCAAGAAGCGCUACACCGACAGCGGGACGCGGUGGCAGGUCGUGGCCUUCCGGGCCGUGCGCGACGGCGACCUCAAGGUCAUGCGGGAGCUGGCCUUCGAGCAGCCCGGCCUGCUGCACGACCGGUUCACGGACGCGAUGGAGGACUGGGAGCUCGAGUUCGAGUCGCCGAAGUGGUACCAGUUCCGGGACGCGACGUGCCUCUUCAUCGCCUGCGCCUACGCGCGGCGCGAGGCGGUCGAGUUCCUGCUGGAGUUCGGGGCCGACCGCGACGACAAGUGCUACAUGAGCCAGAGGCCGAUCGACGUGGUCGGCAUGUGCCGCGAGGACGACAUGGACGAGUCGUACAUCACGACGCUCCUGUCGCGGCCGAAGCAGCCGCCGCGGGCGCCGCGCGAGCCGAAGACGACGUGCAAGCUCUGCCUCGAGGAGCUGUCCCACAUCGAGCGCUACGACGUGCCCGACCCCGACGGCGGCGCGCCCCAGCAGAAGACGCGCCGCGUCUCCGAGACGGUCGCGCGCGCGAAAGUGACGCUCGACUGGGCGACGGAGUGGCUCAAGAGCACGCUCGAGUACGAGCUGAAAUAUCGCGCCGUGAACGACUACGACGGCCGGUCCGACGAGAAGUGGAAGACGGAAGUGCUGCGCUGCACGGCGAAGGCGCUCGCCGGCCUCCUGCCGGACACGCUCUACGCGUUCGAGGUCCGGGCGCGGAACGACGUGGGCUUCGGCGACCUCGCGCCCCGGACCUUCGUGCAGACGCCGUCCGCCGCGUCCAUACUGGCUAAGAAGAGUUAGCGCCCC